UUCCAGCCAAUUGGAGCCCAGGUUUUCCCAUCCAGCUCCCGCAGCCGCCUCUGACUCCGCCCCUCUCCUCCAGGAGCCAGCCGGGGCGGCCCGAGUCAGUGCAAAAUGCUGGGCAUGUACGUGCCGGACAGGUUUGCCCUGAAGUCGUCUAAAGUUCAGGACGGGAUGGGGCUCUAUACGGCCCGGCGAGUGAAAAAGGGUGAAAAAUUUGGCCCGUUUGCAGGAGAAAAGCGAAUGCCUCAAGAACUGGAUGAAAACACAGACUGCAGACUGAUGUGGGAGGUUCGAGGGAGUAAAGGUGAGGUCCUUUAUGUUCUGGAUGCUAGCAAUCCACGAUAUUCUAACUGGCUGCGUUUUGUCCAUGAGGCACCAUCACAGGAACAAAAGAACCUGGCUGCCAUCCAGGAAGGUGAAAACAUUUUCUAUCUCGCUGUUGAAGAUAUUGAAAUGGAUACAGAGCUGCUGAUUGGCUACCUUGAUAGUGAUAUGGAAGAAGCGGAGGAGGAGGAGGAGGAGGAAAUGGUCCUUAAUCAAGAAGAUGAAGACAAUACUACUACUACUACUACUAAUAGUAACAACAGCAAUAAAGAACUACAACAAGCUGGUGAGAAAGAUUCUCUCAGCUGCAAAGAGGACCACACAUGUCCAAAUUGUGAAUCCAGUUUUGCCAGCCAGGAGAUCCUAGCUGAACACCUUCAGACGCUGCACCAAAAACCUAGUGAGGAAAAGGAAUUUAAGUGCAGGAACUGUGGAAAGAAAUUCCCAGUUAAACAAGCCUUACAAAGACAUGUCCUUCAGUGCACAGAGAAUGUCAAUCCAGGAGACACUUCAAGAAGUUUUCAGUGUUCUGUUUGCAAUACGUCCUUCAGCUCAGAGUCGAGUUAUGAGCAGCACAAAGAAGCAUGCAGAGGGGAUGCUAGAUUCAUAUGCAAGGCUGAUAGCUGCGGGAAGAGGUUCAAGAGUAAGGACGCUCUGAAAAAGCACAAGGAAAAUGUUCACACUGGAAAUUCUAGGAAGAAGUUGAUGUGCUCUGUGUGCAAUAAGAAGUGUUCCUCUGCUACAAAUCUUCAAGAGCAUCGAAAGGUUCAUGAGAUCUUUGAGUGUCAGGAAUGUGACAAGAAAUUUAUUUCAGCUAACCAGCUAAAACGCCAUAUGAUAACUCACUCAGAAAAACGCCCCUACACCUGCGAGGUUUGCAAUAAGUCCUUCAAACGGCUUGACCAAGUGACUGCACACAAAAUAAUACACAGUGAAGAUAAACCUUAUAAAUGCAAGCUUUGUGGAAAGGGAUUUGCCCACAGAAAUGUUUACAAGAAUCACAAGAAGACCCACUCUGAAGAGAGACCAUUCCAGUGUGAGGAAUGCAAGGCUUUGUUCCGCACCCCAUUCUCUCUGCAGAGACACCUACUAAUACAUAACAGUGAGAGGACCUUCAAGUGUGAUCACUGUGAUGCUACUUUCAAAAGGAAGGACACGUUAAAUGUUCACAUCCAAGUUGUGCAUGAUGGACAUAAGAAAUAUAAAUGUGAUCUGUGUGACAAAGCCUUUGUUACACCUUCAGUGCUUAAGAGUCAUAAAAAACACUCCUAUCUACCAGUCCAUAGAGCGGCAUUGGUGUCAGCUUUAGAAGAGGCCACUUGCUCACCUUCCUGGCCAGAGACACACACAGGGGAAAAGGAGAAAAUUUGCCCAUAUUGUGGACAAAAGUUUGCAAGCAAUGGAACAUUAAGAGUUCAUAUUCGGAGUCAUACAGGUGAGCGCCCUUACCAGUGUCCUUACUGUGACAAGGCUUUCAGCAAGAAUGAUGGACUAAAGAUGCACAUUCGCACCCAUACAAGGGAAAAGCCAUACCAGUGCUCUGAGUGCAACAAGGCUUUCAGUCAGAAGCGGGGUCUGGAUGAGCACAUGAGGACCCAUACUGGAGAGAAACCGUUCCAGUGUGAUGUUUGUGAUUUAUCCUUCAGCCUGAAGAAAAUGUUGAUCCGACACAAGCUGACUCACAAUCCUAAUCGUCCAAUGGCUGAAUGCCAGCUUUGCCACAAGAAGUUUACAAGAAAUGACUACCUCAAAGUGCACAUGGAAAAUGUCCAUGGAGAAACUGACAGCUAACCAUGGCUUAUGCAAGAAGAGUGUGUCUAGUGUUCAAGAGUGUUCCAUUUGUACAUGUACAAACUCCAGACUUCUCACCUGAUGACUGAGCAGAGACAGGAAAAAUAACUGUAAUAUGUUCACAAUCUUUUUUCCAUUUGGCUUUGUGUUUAUGUUACUAGAGUAUUUUUAAUCAAGUAAAACACAGUUUGAAGAUAAAAGAACUUUUAUUUCUCUUAUAAUCUACACAGUUUUAUCUGCAGCCUUGGUACCUUAGAUCUUGGUGGUGUUAUCCUGAAAUUUUGGACAUAGAUCAGCGUAUCUGAAGUUUCUGGAGCACAGUAAAUGCAGUUGGAUAAAUUCACUUUCAUCCUGAUUGAUCCAAACAAAUUUUAUUCAGAUCUUAACACCACACUUUAUUAGAACAUAGUUUCUUCACACUUUUAGUGCCUUUAAUUAUUAGAUAAAAUGGAGUAACUUUGUGGCAUCUCAAGGUCAAUUUAAUGUAUGGUACAGAAACUGCAGGAGUCUGCACUCUCACGCACUUUAACAUAAUCAGCAAGAAAGACGUAAUUUCUUCUAGUUGCCAUUGUGUGAGACAAGCCAAGAGCAAAAGCUGUGAACAAUUUAGGUUUUAAAACCAUAUUAAUGCCCACAGUUGUAACUGGCAGGGCCAGGAGGGAAAAAAACAUGGCUUCUGCAAAUACAAUUGUCUGGUUAAGGAAAAAAAAUGUGUGUUUAAUUUACUGGGGAAAAUGCUGUUCCCUGAGGUUUUAGCCUGUGGAAAUCAGCUGCCCUGAUUAUCCCACUUAAAUGGCUUUGGUUUUCAUAAAACUGUUAAUGAGUACCAGGAAAAAAAUAUUGUGUACAACUGCAUAACAUUCAAAUUCUCCCAGAUGUUAGAUUAAGAUUUGUAUUCCACAGUUCUUAAAAAUAAUUCUCAUAUGCUAUCCAUGUAUGCUACUGUAUAACAAAGAGCUCAUUUUUACCUAAUGAGACCGUGAAAAGCAUAAGUCUAGCAGUAGAUUGCAUUUGAGAUUCUAUACAAUUCCUCAGUAGUCUUCACAGUUAAACAUUAGGGCUCUGCUUUUGUGCUCACGUUCAUUUUAGUUUACGUGGACCAAUAUUGUUAGGAAUAAUUUGUAACUAUACACCUUGUUCCUGCUAAAAGCUUAUCUCAGUUGCUGAUGGGAAAUGUUGUAAACUUCCCCCUGGAUGGCAAUAGUGACCAGACAGACACUGGAUGGAUGAGCAAGAGGAAAUAGAAGGUGAAAGCCUGGCCUCACUGAAGUCAAUGGUAAAACUCAAUUUGACUUCACUGGGGACAGAAUUUCAACCACUGUUUCCAUUCUGGAAGAAAAUGAGGGGGCCAUUUCCCUAUUAAUGGUCUUACGUGUAUUUUGGAUCCUAUUCCACUGCCUACAGUCAAUUCUCAAAACUGAAGAGAAAAUGUGUAAUUAUCAGUAACAUUAUUAAUUUUCAAACAUGGUAACAGAACACCUCAUGGGUUCCUGUUGAAACUAAAAAGAAAGCAUGUCACUAAUAAGUGUGUUCUGAGGAACGGACUAUUUCAGGGGGUUGCCCACAUUUCCAUAUUUUACUACAAGACUAUUUUUUGGACCACCUCCCUUCCCAUUAAAGUUGUAUAAUACUGUGGGGCAACUGUGGCAAUUGUUUACAUGGUGUCAUUUUAUAAGAAAGACUUUUAAUGUACUUACCUGUCUUUUAAUGCAAUUAACUAGCUGGAAAUAAGAUGGAAGCACCAUCAUUUUGGGCCAGACCAUAUACUCCAAUGGCCUUUUGUUUAGGCACCAUGUGACCAGCCAGGUCACAAGGGACCCUCUGCUCUAUCUGGAUGACACUAAAGUCUGUCAUCCAAAAACUUGCUUGUAAAAAUAGAAUAGACACAGUAAUAAGCCAAUGGAUAUGAUGCUACACAUAUAUAAGAUGUAAUUAUAAUGCAUGGGCCACUCUCAGUUCCGCUAAUGUAAAUCCAGUGUAGCACCAUUGAAUUAAUUAGAUUUAACAGUAAAUUG